AUGGAUCUGUCGAGGGUACCCCUGCCAACCUUUAUAUUGGAGCCGCGAUCACUGCUGGAGAAGUUCACCGACUUUAUGAUACACUGCGACCUGCUACACGGCGUCGCCAAGAUGGAAAACCCCGUCGAUCGAAUAAUGCACAUCACCAAAUGGUACCUGUCGGGCUUCUCCUACAAGCCCAAGGGCGUAAAGAAGCCCUACAACCCUAUACUGGGCGAGAUCUUCCGCUCGCGAUGGUCCUACCAUGGCACGACGGCGCACUUGAUUGCCGAGCAGAUCUCUCACCAUCCGCCCGUGUCGGUCGUCUACAUAUCCAAUCGCAAGGAUGGCUAUGUGAUGACGGGCAUCAUUAACCCGCGAUCCAAGUUCACUGGCAACUCGCUGUGUGUACUGGUCGAGGGCAGCAUCACCCUACACAUGCUGGAGCGCAACGAACAAUACACCUUCAACUUCCCCAACAUCUAUGCCCGAGGCAUCCUCUUUGGCACGCUGCUCACCGAGGUGGCCGGCCAGACAACCCUCGUAUGCAAGCAGACCAACCUGAAAGUGGACAUGGACUUUAAGACAAAGAACUCAAAGGAUGUAUUAUAUAGUAUUGGUGGCAAGUGGGAUAGGAAGGUGGACAUCACCAAUGCAAAGACAAAGAAGACAGAGGUAUUCUGGGAGUGUAAUACUACAAAGAAGACACCACGCUUCAUUAGACCGAUGGCUCAACAGGAGCCAAAUGAAUCACAACGUCUGUGGACACAUGUCGCACAGGGCAUCAUAAAGAAGGAUCAGAAGGAGGCCACCAAAGAGAAGAUUAAACUGGAGAAUGACCAGCGACAAGCAGACCGCGAGCGAAAGGAGCGCGGAGUCGAUUGGGAGCCCAAGUACUUCAAGAAGGAGGGCGACCAAUGGAUAUAUAAAUACGCAAACAUGGCACCUUAUGAUCCGAAUGAACCACCAGAGAUAGAGGUGGAUGGCAUCAUACAGUUUGAGAAUGUGGAAAAGACUGGAGAUGUUGGUGACGCCGCUGCCGUUGAACAGCAAUGC